CAUUGCUGAUCUUGCUUGCCGUUGUGGCCGCUACCGCGAUCAUCGUGGCCAUCAGUGUGGUUGUAGUGUUGUACCACAAAAGGAACAAGAGGAAGAAGAACAGGGAGCUCAGCGACGCCGGGUCAAGCGGUGGAACCCGUCACCGGAGCAGAGCAUGCACGAGGUCCAGGCGAAGAUCGAGGCGCUGUCCAAGCUGCAGCACCCGCACCUUGUCUCCCUCAUUGGCUUUUGUCUGUUUAAGAAGGAGAUGAUCCUCGUGUGGGAAUACAUGGAGCACGGCACGCUUCGGGAGCACCUGUACAACAACAGCGGCAAGCCGGUGCUAUCAUGUUCAUGGCGGCACCGCCUCCACAUGUGCAUCGGUGCCGCGCGGGGCUUGCACUACCUCCACACCGGCGGCAUCAUCCACCGGAACGUCAAGACCACCACCAUCCUCAUCGACAAGAAUUGGGUCGCCAAGGUGUCGGACUUCGGCUUCCCCAAGUCCGCCCUGACCAGGGCGAGCCAAAUGCACCUCAGCACCAGUCAUGUCAACGGGAGCUACGGAUACACUGACCCGGAGUAUUUUUGUCGGGAGCAGCUCACUGACAAGUCAGACGUCUACUCCUUCGGCGUCGUGCUCUUCGAGGUGCUUAUGGCAAGGACGGCGCUGAACCCGGCGCUGCCAAGUGACCAGGUCAGCCUCGCCAAUUACGCGCUUGCCUGCCAGCGGAACGGCACCCUGCCGGACGCCGUCGACCCGGUGAUCAAGGACGAGAUCACGCCAGAAUUCUUUGAUCUUGUCCUUGACAAGGAGGAAUCUGGCCCAAAAGUGAUGGACCAUUUCCUGGGACUGCUAUCUGAUGUGGGUAAGAUCGCUUGUAUCUGGGUGGGCGGGUGGAUUUAA